AUGGGGAACAUUAUGAGCAGCAGCGACUCGACGCUACCGAGACAACAGACAAGAAACGGUAGCGGACGCUACCGAACGACACCUCGCGAGCAUACGGACUAUACUAGCACCAAGCGAUGCUACUUUGAGGAUGAUGUGCACAGUCAGCCAAAUAGUCAUGAAACUUGCCACAAUCGGCAACAGUCACCGAAUGCGGAAAGUUCCCGCAUGCUGUUCUUGCUGUACCUGAUCCAUCGGACGUGGAACGUAGUGGUUGAUAGUGUGGACCAGAAGGGAAAAAAAACACGCUUGGAACUUCCAGAGUCGGAAAAUUCAAGACCUCCAAAAUGUCUGUACGACGAAAACUUCGACAGCGACCUCAAUCUUACGGAUCUGGACGAUCAAUCGAGCAUGUACGGUUCGCAAUACACAUUCUGCACCUGCAGCUACUGUGAAGAAGAAUCGGAACGCGAUCACUUUAACAACGUUGCCGGAAAUCGAUUUUCCUUUUGUGAAAGUGACUUAUCCUACUGCCUGUACCAGAUGGCGCCGAGCGCUGGGAAAAGUCCACCGGGUGGGACGCAGAUCGGCCCACCGGAUACGAACGACGCAUCGCUGGGAUGGAAUGCAAAUGUCAAGCAGGAAAACCAGCGACCACCGGUGUUCAACCCAGAGGACUAUGUAAUUUCGCUCAAGAAGUACGGUCGCCGCGGUUCGAACGGGAACUUCAAGUCCAUCUACGACACCACCGUCAAUGAGGAGUCGGCGAAGCAGGACAAAUCGAACGAUAAUGCACGAUCGCAAACCUUACCGCACAAAAACUCGGACUACCGUUCCCCAAUACCGGCGCCGCCAGAAAUGGAUGCAGAAAUGUCUCUGCGUCAGUUCGGCUCCGUGACGGAUCUGCUCACCAAGCUGCGCGCAGAUCUUCGGGCAUCGUUUCCAAGCUUUGUGCAGGAGUUUGUCUCGAGCCCGUUGGACGGUGUCAGCCUGCUGUUGGAAGUUUUACGAGCGGUUCAGCUCAGCCAAAGUGCACCGAUGAACGGUACCACCACGAUGCCACCCGGCGGCAUGGCACGAAACAAUCAAUCGUAUCAGCGGCGGGCUCUGCUGGAUGAGUUGGCGUGCUUACAAUGUUUAAGCAUCUGCUGCACGAGAAGUCCAGAGGCGGGUACGCGGCUCGGCACAACGCCGAUCGGAUUGCUUCCGCUGGCCGCCGCAGCGACCGGCACGGGGAUACGAUCGCGCAUAGUAGCCCUGCAGCUGCUCACCAUCGCCUGCGACAAGUCAGCGCUGGGCGACGGCACACAGCGCUUGCAACUGCACGGGCAUACGGCCGUGUCGGAGGCACUGUCGACGCUUCGUCUGCGCUGUGCCGAACCGGUACGAUUCCGGCUGCUGGUCGGGAUGCUGAACAGUGGCGGUGGGUCCGGUGAGCUGCAAGCGAUCGGGAUGCGCUUCAUCAACACGUUUCUCGAGAGUUCGGAAAACGUGCAGACACGGUUGUACCUGCAGGCGGAGCUGUACCAGGCCGGGCUGGAUCCGUCCCAGAUGUGUAAAACCAUCUCGUCCACCUCGCCAUGGCUGGAGCGGCUUCGGCUCGAGGUGAAGCGCUGGGAUGCGAUACGGAUCGAUAUCGAGCAGCUGCAACUGCAGGCCCGUUCCGCCGAGCAGGUGCGCAGCCGUUUGGUCAUCCUGGAGCGUCGAGUACAAAUACUGCACGAGGAAAAAACCGUCCUGACGACGAUGGAGCGACGGUUGCAGGAACGCUGUGCGGAGCUGCAGCGGGAAGUGCUACGUCUGAAGGGUACCGACACUAAUGGGAGCGGUGGUUCGAAACCUCACGAAAGCUCGAACACGUCAAGCUUGGAAAAGCGACCGGUGGCUUUGCCGCGACAGGUACCGCCACAGGCCAAACGGAACAACACGUCGGAGAAUGAUGACGAGGGUAUCAGCAGCUCGGAGACCGGACAAUCGUCGACGCCGGAACCGCCCCGUCUGUACCCAGCGAAGAACGGAGGUUCUAGUGCGGGUUCGCACAAGUUCAGCAUAUCGCUAACCCAGGAAAGUACCGUCCCAAUGCACGAGCUGAACGGCAACGGCGAGGACGAUACGAACGCAACGAUCGAGGAUGUGAUCGAGGAGCUGCAGAAUAUUGUCAACGAUGCGGAGCGCGAAAUUUCCGACCAGAACGAGAUCUUGUUCCAGCAGGUGGAUGGCAUACCCGAGCAGGCGCUUUACAGUUUGGAAAUUUCGAAUGAGCAUGAAAUAGUGCCGGUUAACCUGUUGCCCCAACCGCCCCGCAAAUCGCGAUCGUUGGCCCAUUUGAUCUCGAACCCGUCCGACGGUGAAGGGUCGGGUUACGAUUUGAUGAUGGUCAACAACGAAACGAAGGUUGACUUUUUUGAUGACGAUGACGACACGGGUGUCGGCAAGGCGAAGCAUCCCUUCGGUGAGGAGAAUGGUACGAGCCGGUACUUCGAUAUCGCCGCUACAGCCUCGUCCAUGGAAGUGCCUCCGGAAGUGCAUGCGGGCAUCGUCCCAGGACCGGAUGUGAUCCACUCAACGGCGGAAGCAGUCACCGCGUCCGUUACGGCUCUGCAUCAAACGCGCGGCCGGCAUCCUUCGGCGAAAGAUUCAAACCGAGCCAUACUGAACGUCAUAAUGGACGCGCGCGAUAAAGAAUCGCGUCUGCUCAGAGCGCAGUCGCUCGAGCGCGAGCAACACAUCGCCCAGACUGCAACGCCACAGCAGUUUAACGGUGUGUUCUUCAUGACCGACAUGAACAGUGCCGGCAAGUAUCCGAAGCCGGACAUAACUGCCGCCCUCGAGGCGAAGAAGGUGACCAAGAAUUUGGACCGAAUGGGCGCGUACGGGGUGGAUUCCAUGAUAGACAUCGUCAUGACGAACGAACAGCGACUGAAUAAAGCGAACGCGUACGCUAAAUCGCGCAUGACCGCUGCCACCGGGCCGCCUAAUCCGGCCAACGGCGCCAUCCCGAGCAAGCUGACCGGGAACAACAAUUUCAAGCUGCGGCCAAACACCGGCACCACGCACCACCAGCCAACCUUCGCCAUUGGCACCGGAAUGGUACGCGAAGCAAGCCGCAGCCAAACGAACAUCGGUGGCUCCAAAGUAACAGACUUACCGUCUGGAUUGUACUAG